CGGGAUUUUGCUAUUUCUACUACGCCUUUUGAAACCUCCAAAGUAUCACGGAGCCAGCUCCGUAUCUCCAACUGUCUCAACUGUCGCACCUGUCAACACACGCCGCACUGAUCCGGCGGCACGACAACCCCUAAACACCGAACAAUUGACAGCCUAUAUAACCUCCAAGAUGGCCGAAACAAAGCAAGCAACGAUCGUCACACCUCAAACUCGCAACCACCAUGUACUCCCUCCUCACUGCCCUGUCGGUGCCGCUCCUGGCAGGUCUGGCUCAUGGCUACGCCAAUCCCGGCUCCUGCUCCGGCUCCUGCAACGUCCAUGACCCUGCCCUGAUCGUCCGCGAGUCGGACGGCAAAUACUUCCGUUUCUCGACCGGCAACGAGAUCUCCUACGCCUCCGCCUCCUCCAUCAACGGUCCCUGGACCGCCAUUGGAUCGGUGGUGCCCGCUGGUUCCAAGAUCGACCUGUCCGGCAACACUGACCUCUGGGCCCCCGAUCUUAGCUACGUCGAUGGAACCUACUACUGCCUCUACUCCGUCUCGACUUUCGGCUCCCAGGACUCCGCCAUUGGAGUGGCCUCGUCCACCACCAUGGAGCUGAACACCUGGACCGACCACGGCUCCGUGGGCGUCGCCUCCUCCUCCUCCAAGAACUACAACGCCAUCGACGGCAACCUCCUCGUGGACGGGAGCUCAUACUACCUCCAGUUCGGCUCCUUCUGGGGCGACCUCUACCAGGUUAAGAUGGCCUCCCCCCUCAAGACGGCCGGCUCGGCCUCCUACAACAUCGCCUACAACGCGACGGGCACCCACUCGGAAGAGGGCUCCUAUCUCUUCAAGUACGGCAGCUACUACUACCUCUUCUUCUCGUCGGGCACCUGCUGUGGCUACGACACCUCCCGCCCGGCCCAGGGUGAGGAGUACAAGAUCAUGGUCUGUCGCUCCACCAGCGCGACCGGCGGAUUUGUGGACAAGAAUGGCAAUGCUUGCACGGAAAGUGGUGGCACGAUUGUGCUCGCCAGCCACGGCACCGUCUAUGGACCGGGUGGACAGGGUGUGUACGAUGACCCGACCUACGGCCCUGUCCUCUACUACCACUAUGUCGAUACUACCAUUGGUUACGCCGAUGACCAGAAGCUGUUUGGCUGGAACACCAUCGACUUUUCGAGUGGUUGGCCUGUUGUGUAGGUGACUCAACCAGG